AUGGCCAAAGCAGAGUCCUCCAAGGCAGCUGCCAGCAACGGGAUCAAGGCCAACCCCAAUGCACAAGGGGGAGCCAACUAUGAGUUGCCAUGGGUGGAGAAAUACCGGCCCGUGUAUCUCGACGAUGUCGUCGGCAACACAGAGACAAUCGAGCGCCUCAAGAUCAUUGCGAAGGACGGCAACAUGCCGCACGUCAUAAUAUCGGGAAUGCCCGGCAUUGGGAAAACGACCUCGAUCCUUUGUCUUGCGCGCCAGCUUCUCGGUGAUGCGUAUAAGGAGGCCGUACUUGAGCUCAAUGCUUCCGACGAGCGCGGUAUAGACGUUGUCAGGAACAGAAUAAAGGGGUUCGCGCAGAAGAAGGUGACGCUGCCUCCGGGCAGGCAAAAACUAGUCAUCUUGGACGAGGCGGAUAGCAUGACGAGCGGAGCUCAACAGGCGCUACGACGGACAAUGGAGAUCUACAGCAGCACCACGCGAUUCGCUUUUGCUUGCAACCAGUCGAACAAGAUCAUCGAACCGCUGCAGUCCCGCUGCGCUAUCCUCAGAUACGCCCGCCUCACAGAUGCGCAAAUCGUGCGCCGGCUUAUGCAGGUCUGUGAGGCCGAACAGGUGCAAUUUUCCGACGACGGUGUUGCUGCGCUCGUUUUCUCAGCCGAGGGGGACAUGCGACAAGCCAUAAACAACCUACAAUCGACUCAUGCUGGGUUCGGAUUCGUAAACGGUGACAACGUGUUCAGGGUGGUUGACAGCCCGCAUCCGAUCAAGGUUCAAGCCAUGAUCAAGGCAUGCCACGAAUGCAGGGUGGAUGAUGCUCUUACAACCUUGAAGGAACUCUGGGACCUGGGGUACAGCUGUCACGACAUUAUCAGCACCAUGUUCAAAGUCACGAAAACUAUUGACAGCUUGAGCGAGCACGCGAAAUUGGAGUUUAUCAAGGAGAUUGGCUUCACGCAUAUGCGUAUCCUCGAAGGCGUUCAAACACUCCUCCAGCUCUCGGGCUGCAUCGCACGUCUCUGCAAGAUCAACAUGCAACCGCAGCUUUUCGCCCUCCCUUCAAAAUGA